AUGGAGGAAAAGGAAAACAGCUUUAGAGUAUUCGGGUGUGAGCGAUGGUUGUCGGACCCAUCAGACGUCGAAAUAUUCCAGCAAAUUUCGUUUCUGCUUUUCCAGCAACUCAAAGAUUCCGAUUUAACUAAAUGGAAGGGCUUACAGAAACAAAAUAUUCCACAAUCAAAAUCAUCAAGUGGAAAACGUCGUUCAGUAAAUGAGCUUCUUGGCUUUGGCAAGCCAAGGAACCUAAAAGGCAAACGGCAGCGGCCAAGGGCCAACCUAAAAGCAGACGGCCAAGGAACUGCCAAUUCGGUCAAAGGAACUAAAAGGCAGACGGCCACGGGCCGCCAAGUCGGCCAAGGACCUAAAAGGGCCAACGGCCAAGGACCUGCCAAUUUGGCCCAAGGAACCCUAAAAGGCAGACGGCCAAGGAACCUGCCAAGUCGGCAAGGAACUACAAAGGCAGACGCCAAGGAACCUGCCAAGUCGGCCAAGGAACCUAAAAGGCAGACCGGCCAGGAACCCUGCCAAGUGGCCAAGGAACCUAGAAAAAGACCGGCAAAGUCGCCAAAGGAACCUAAAGGCAGACGGCCAAGGAGACCUAAAAAGACGGACAAAGAACCUGCCAAGUCGGCCAAGGAACCUACCAAGAGGCCAAGACCUAAAAGGCAGGCCAACCCACCAAGUCGGCCAAGGCAACCUAAAAGGCAGACGGCCAAGGAACCUACCAAGUCGGCCAAUAGGAACCUAAAAGGCAGACGGCCAAGAAACCUGCCAAGUCGCAGGGCACCUAAGGCAGACGGCCAAGACGGCCAAGGAAGCCCCCAAGCCCGGCCCAAGAAGGAACCUAAAAAGCAGACGCCAAGGAAACCUAAAAGGCAGACGGCCAAGGAGCCCGCCAAGGCGCCAUAG